GUACCAGAAAACUAAAAAACGUGCUAUGUUGUGUCUGAACGAGACUUCGGUUCUUUGAAACAUCUGCGGCGCUUUUGAACGCACAUUUAGGCCGACAGGCUGAAUUAUAUUGAAUAUAUUUACACAUGGCCGCCACAUUACGGUCCAUGCGGCUCUGAAAUCUUUCAAAUAUCAACCUCAACUGUAAAGCUAACGGCUAAAAAAAGCCGAGAAGAGUGUGUGUUUGUGUGUGGUAGGGGGGGGGGGGGGGGGGCGGGGGUGCGCGCGCGUUAACCCCAAAACAACCGCGUCGCGCGCUGCUUAUAUUGAGCUUAGACAGGCUCGUCUGCGAACAUGUCGGCCGCGUCCAACGACUCGAAGAAGCGGGGCAGGAAGCGGUACGCGGCGGGACACCACCAGAGCAAGCGGUGGAAGAGCUCGCGCGAGCUGGAGGUGGGCAUGCAGGGGAUCCUCAUCACGUGCAACAUGAACGAGAGGAAGUGCACCGCGGAGGCCUUCAACCUGCUCAAUGAGUACGCCGACGAGCUCUUCGGGCCCGAGAAGUUGCAAGAUAACAAUGGGAGCUGCAGUGACGAGGAGGAGGCUGAUGAAGAUAUUGAAGCAGCGCUGAAGAAGGAGGUGGCACAGCUGAAAGCAUCUGGAGUGAAACAGGAGCGGCGCUUCCAGGCUUUGGCCAGUGGAGCGAACAAUGUCAUCUUCAUCAAAACAAAAAAUCUGGAAUCCGACAAGCUGGUUCAUCGCAUCCUGGCUGAUCUCCACGCCACCAAAAAGAAGAAGUCCCGCGUGAUCCUGCGGAUGCUGCCGGUGACUGGAACAUGCAAGGCCUUCCAGGAAGACAUGGUGAAGUACCUGACUACUUUCCUGGAGCCUUGGUUCAAAACCCCAAACUCUGGUACCUACCAGAUCGCCUUCAAGGCUCGCAACAGCAGCCACAACAAGAGAGACGAGAUCAUCAAAGCCAUCGCAGGUCUCGUGGGGAAGCUGAACCCGAAGAACAAAGUGGACUUGACCAACCCAGAACUGACAAUCAUUGUGGAGGUCAUCAAGGCGGUGUGUUGCAUCAGUGUGGUGAAAGACUAUGCUCUGUAUAGAAAGUACAAUGUCCAGGAAGUGGCUAAAGAGGACACGCCGACUGAGCGGAAGGAGACGACCAAUGAAGAGGCAAAGAAAGAGGAGGCGACCAAUGAAGAGACGAAGAAAGAGGAGGCGACCAAUGAAGAGCCGAAGAAAGAGGAGGCGACCAAUGAAGAGGUGAAGAAAGAGGAGGCGCACGACUCAGAGGAGACGACCACUAAGGAGGCGAAGAAAGAGGAGGAGACGAAGAAUGAGGAAGCGACCAAAGAGGAGGCGAAGAAAGGCGAAGAAGAUGACAACAACGACAAUAAUGUGCCAGAGGACAACAAGGAGGCCGAUGAGGACGAAGGUUACGGGAAGUGAUGGCUCGCGUUUGGUAAAUGUUUUUGGGAUUGUCGGUUUCUUUUUAUUUCUAAAAAGGGGAAAAAAUAGAUAAUUUUUAGGUGCAUGUUUUUGUUUUAAAUGAAAGGUUAAAAACUCACAACUAAAUCCACGACUCAACGAAGGUUUUCUUUAUAUUUGUAAAGAUAUGCAAAUUUUAUCGAGAUCUUCACUUUUUAACAAAAGGGGAUUUUGAAUUAACUGCCCAUGUCAUUAUGUUGCAGCUUAACUGCCAUCAACUCAGUAGUUUUUUUUUUAAUGCUGAAUUUUAUUUUAAUUUCAAAACGAGGGGUAUGGGGGUUCUUCUGGUUACGGUUCUGGUGUGUCACAUUUAGUAACUCUGUAUUUUUAAACUGUUAUUUCCUGAAGCAGUCCCUGAAUUAAAGUUAAUGUGUGUUUGAAA